CCCCAAGGUAUCCCCAAGGUGUCCCCAAAGAGCACCCAGAACAACACCCAGGUGCUGAUCAACUGCCGCAACAACAAAAAACUGCUGGGGCGUGUGAAAGCGUUCGACAGGUGAGUCACAGUGUCCCCAAAGUGUCCCCAAGGUGUCCCCAAAGUGUCCCCAAAGUGUCCCCAAACUGUCCCCAAAGUGUCCCCAAAGUGUCCCCAAAGAGCACCCAGAACAACACCCAGGUGCUGAUCAACUGCCGCAACAACAAAAAGCUCCUGGGGCGUGUCAAGGCCUUUGACAGGUGAGGAAAUGUCCCCAGAGUGUCCCCAGAGUGUCCCCAAGGUGUCCCCAAGGUGUCCCCAAAGUGUCCCCAGAGUGUCCCCAAAGUGUCCCCAGAACAACACCCAGGUGCUGAUCAACUGCCGCAACAACAAGAAACUGCUGGGGCGCGUGAAAGCGUUUGACAGGCACUGUAACAUGGUGCUGGAGAACGUCAAGGAGAUGUGGACGGAGGUGCCCAAGAGCGGCAAAGGGAAGAAGAAAUCCAAACCCGUCAACAAGGACCGGUACAUCUCCAAAAUGUUCCUGCGCGGAGACUCCGUCAUCGUGGUCCUGAGGAACCCUCUGAUCGCUGGGAAAUAACGGGGAAUUCACACCUGGAAUCAUCCCAGAACAUCCCAGAACAUCCCAGAACCUUCCAGAACAUCCCAGAACAUCCCAGAGCAUCCCAGACUCCGUCAUCGUGGUCCUGAGGAACCCCCUGAUCGCGGGAAAAUAACGGGGAAUUCCCGAUGGGAAUAAUCCCAGAACAUCCCAGAACCUUCCAGAACCUCCCAGAGCAUCCCAGAACAUCCCAGAACAUCCCAGAGCAUCCCAGACUCCGUCAUCGUGGUGCUCAGGAACCCCCUCAUCGCUGGGAAAUAACGGGGAAUUCACAGCUGGAAUCAUCCUGGAACCUUCCAGAACAUCCCAGAACAUCCCAGAGCAUCCCAGACUCCGUCAUCGUGGUGCUCAGGAACCCCCUCAUCGCUGGGAAAUAACAAAUUCCCAAUUGGAAUAAUCCCAGAACAUCCCAGAACCUUCCAGAACCUCCCAGAGCAUCCCAGAACCUUCCAGAACCUCCCAGAGCAUCCCAGAACCUUCCGGAACAUCCCAGAGCAUCCCAGAGCAUCCCAGACUCCGUCAUCGUGGUCCUGAGAAACCCUCUGAUCGCUGGGAAAUAACGGGGAAUUCACAGCUGGAAUCAUCCUGGAACCUUCCAGAACAUCCCAGAGCAUCCCAGACUCCGUCAUCGUGGUGCUCAGGAACCCCCUGAUCGCCGGGAAAUAACGGGGAAUUCCCGAUUGGAAUAAUCCCAGAACCUCCCAGAACAUCCCAGAACCUUCCAGGCUCCGUCAUCGUUGGGAAUUCCCGGCUGGAAUCAUCCCUGGAACCUCCCGGAACCUUCCAGAACCUUCCAGAACAUCCCAGAGCAUCCCAGAGCAUCCCAGAACAUCCCAGACUCCGUCAUCGUGGUGCUGAGAAACCCCCUCAUUGCUGGGAAAUAACGGGGAAUUACGGAUUGGAAUCAUCCUGGAACCUUCCAGAACAUCCCAGAACAUCCCAGAGCAUCCCAGAGUCCAUCAUUGUUGGGAAUUCCUGAUGGGAAUAAUCCAUGGAACCUUCCAGAACAUCCCAGAACCUUCCAGGCUCCAUCAUCGUUGGGAAUUCCCUGCUGGAAUCAUCCCUGGAACCUCCCAGAACUUUCCAGAACCUUCCAGAACCUCCCGGAACCUUCCAGAACCUUCCCAGAGCGGCUCCAUCAUCGUUGGGGAAUUUGGGAUUCCUUGGGAAUCAUCCGUGGAACAUUCCAGAACCUCCCAGAACUUUCCAGAACCUCCCAGAACUUUCCAGAACUUUCCAGAACCUCCCGGAACCUUCCAGAACCUUCCCAGAGCGGCUCCAUCAUCGUUGGGGAAUUUGAGAUUCCUUGGGAAUCAUCCGUGGAUCCUUCCAGAACUUUCCAGAACCUCCCAGAACCUUCCAGAACCUCCCAGAACCUUCCAGAACCUCCCGGAACCUCCCAGAACCUUCCCAGCCCCCCCCAACCUCAGAUUUCCCCUCCCCCCUCGUUCCCGGCUGGAUUUUUGGGAUGGAGAAAACGGAAUUUGGGGAUGG